CGCGCGCCUGGCCGUGGACAUGGACCUCGCGCGCCUGUGGCUGGGGCUUCUGCUGCCCGUGGUGGCCGCCCUGGAUUUCCGAUACCACCACCAGGAAGAGAUGGAGGCGUUCCUCAAGAGUGUUGCUCGGAACUACAGUUCGAUCACACACUUGCACAGCAUCGGGAAGUCUGUGAGAGGCAGAAACCUGUGGGUUCUCGUUGUGGGGCAGUCUCCAAAGGAACACAGAGUUGGGAUUCCAGAAUUCAAGUACGUGGCAAACAUGCAUGGAGAUGAGACGGUGGGCCGAGAACUGCUGCUCCACCUCAUCGACUAUCUGGUAACCAGUCAUGGGAAAGACGCUGAAAUCACAUAUCUGAUCAACAGCACCCGGAUCCACAUCAUGCCUUCCAUGAACCCGGAUGGAUUUGAAGCCGUCCAGAAGCCCGACUGUUAUUACAGUAAUGGAAGGGAAAACUACAACAAUUACGACCUGAACAGGAACUUCCCUGAUGCCUUUGAAAAUAAUAACGUAUCCAAGCAGCCUGAGACUUUGGCAGUCAUGAAGUGGCUGAAGACAGAGACAUUUGUCCUCUCCGCGAACCUCCACGGGGGUGCCCUGGUGGCCAGUUACCCCUUUGAUAAUGGCGUGCAAGCCACGGGGACACUGUUGUCUCGAAGCUUGACUCCAGAUGAUGACGUCUUUCAGCACCUUGCCUAUACCUAUGCGUCUCGGAAUCCCAACAUGACGAAAGGAGAUCAGUGUAAAAACAAAAGGAACUUCCCCGACGGCAUAAUCAAUGGCUAUUCCUGGUACCCACUGCAGGGUGGAAUGCAAGAUUACAACUACAUCUGGGCCCAGUGUUUUGAGAUCACGCUGGAACUGUCAUGCUGCAAAUAUCCUCGGGAGGAGAAGCUGCCUCUCUUCUGGAAUGAUAACAGGGCCUCUUUGAUCGAGUACAUAAAACAGGUGCACCUAGGUGUAAAGGGUCAAGUGUUUGAUCAGAGUGGAAAUCCAUUACCAAAUGUAAUUGUGGAAGUCCAAGACAGAAAGCAUAUCUGCCCAUUUAGGACCAACAAACUUGGAGAGUAUUAUCUACUUCUCUUGCCCGGAUCCUACGUGAUAAAUGUUACAGUGCCUGGACAUGAUCCACACCUCACAAAGCUGACUAUUCCAAGGAAAUCCAAGAGCUAUAGCGCUCUUAAAAAGGAUUUUCACCUCCCAUUGCAAGGGCAGCUGGACUCCAUCUUCGUAUCAAAUCCUUCAUGCCCAAUGAUUCCUCUGUACAAAUUUAGGCCAAGCCACUCAGCUGCAACAAAGCCUAGUUUGUUCGUAUUUUUCAUGACUCUUUUGCACGUAUUUUUCAAAUAAAGCAAGAUGUGAAACUCAACGCCCACCACCGCCUGGAAUCAGGGAUCGGUUGCUCCAGGUUAUAGCAACUCUCCUUGUGAGACUGCAGCGGGAUAAACGCCACUGUUUUCCUCCCGAGGAAAGCAGAAGGUUUCCAGGUCUGGCACAGGGCAACCUGCUAUGACAAAAGCGGUCUUCAGUGUGGAUAAACGGGGGGUCACUGCCCAGCAAACGCUGCCCACAUACACUGCAUCCUGAAGUAGUCCCAGGCAUUUGUAAGAAACUUGAGAAGCAAAAAAGACAUCGCUACAAGAAAAAAAAAAAUUAUACAUAGAGUCAAAUGGAUCAAAGCAGUGAUGGACACUUCCUGUCCAUCACAGCAGUGAUGGACACCGCCUACUAUGUACGACCUUGCCCUGAGUGCUAGCUGUAAAGAGCUACUACUGGGUUUAAGUGGUUCUCCCCAAAGGAAGACGUUUCUAGAUGAGGAAGACUAAGACCAUUUACUCUUGCCAAUGUUCUAAGGAUGGAUGAGAGGAAGUGGGCAGAUGAUGUGUCUGAUGUGUCUACAGAGCCCAACAGACGAAGGGGCUUGUCUCCCUGCUCCUGAAGCCACAGUCCUCUAAAGAUGACCCCUCAUGUGUAAUCCUAGGCUCUUGCCUAACCUCAGAGGCAUGUUCAGCUGCCCACUGGCCACACCCACCUGAAUAAGACCCAAAUGAGCUUCACCUCAUCCUGUUGACAGUGGAGACGCCUCGCAAGGCUGUCCCUGCUUCGUGAGUCCUCACUGACCGUCUAAUUCGCACAGCCAGUCAGUCACUGAAAGCUGCUGUAUUGAUCCUUCCCAUCCUCUCCUGCCGGUUAGCGCCCCCUCCCCGCUGACCUAGCUCUUGCUCAAGGGUCCAUCUUCCACACAGCACCUGAGGAGUUGGGCUUCCCAAAAGCCCUUCUGUCCCCUAAACACAACAAUCUCGCAACCCCAGGUCUAGGUGUCAUUCUGACUGUGCCUGACCUGUUUCCCACUCAGCAAAACUCCGAUUUAAGAGUCAUCUUCAACCAGGAAGCCUUGCUGUUCCCAUUCUAUGGAGUUCCAGGCAAUCAGGUUGAAGGCCAGUCCUCCUGGAUCCUUCGUCUUGAUUAGAGAGUUUACAGCACGGUGGUGCCAUCUGCUUCAUGCUGGCCUUCUCUAGCACAGCAUGAGCUCUUCCAGGCCAGCAUCUGUUUAUUGGGAAAGUUCAUUUCUGUAUCCUCUGAGCCUAGCACAAAUAGGAAAUAAAUGAGUCUGGGAGGUGUUUCAGCAACUUGCUAUAGACCCUUCCAAAACUGUAGGGAUUUGGGCAAUUUUGUGAAUAUAAGUUUUACGUUUGGUAGCAUACAGCUCACUAAUGUACACACACACACACACACACACACACACACACACUUUCCAUGUGUACAUCAAGGAAGAAAAAUUCAAAGAUAAAUGCAAGUGAAGGAAUGCACUGUAAGGCUGGUGGGAAAGGCAUUUGCUAGCUGUUAACCAUGCUACAUGCUUCUAGACCAGAAAAAAAAAAAAAAUUCUUACGAUCAGUUUGAAGUAGAAAUGCACCCUGUCAAAGAAAUCUAUCCUAGCACACUGUAAGAAGUAACAGAAAGACAGUGUGAUGGCCCAAACCAGCACUCAGGAGGCAGAGACAGGUGGAUCUUUGGGUUCUGACCAGCUGGGCUACACAGCGAGACCCUGUCUCAAAAGAUAAGGAUAAAGAUCAAACAGGAAGCUCAGUGGCACCUCUGUGUGCAGGUCCCUGAGGGCUGUAAAUCUUCCAUGGUUAGUGAGUCACCUGCUUCUUCAGUCAUAAGCCCUGCACGGCUGUGAGACAUGCAGGGUAAGGCACACGGAGAAGGCUUGAGGCUCAAAAGGACACACGAGAUAAAUGGGCAUCCCAGUGCCCUCUUUUCGUGCCAAACGUAUUAUUUUAAUAUAAUAGCAUUUGUAGUUUUUAACCACUUGUAAGUUUGAAAGUAGUAUGAACAGCUUGAUCAUUUUAUUUAAAUAAGUAUUAACUUAUAUCCUAGUAAGCAUGUACUAAUAGUUCAGAAAGUGAUCUGGGUAUAUGACAUUUAAAGUAUAUAGGCCUAAGCCAGGUGGCUAAGUGACUUUAUCCAGCUCUUGGGAAGCUGAGGCAGGAAGAUCCACACAAGUUCAAGGCCAGCCUGGGCUACAUGUGAGACCCAUCUUAAAAAAAAAAAUAAAAGCAAUAAAGAACACAAGAGCACCCAUCAGCUGGAUGUUCUCAGUUCCGACUUACCCCUUUCCCGGGUGGUUUUUAAAGGAAAUGAGCUGUUUUCUGAAUUGGCUCAUGGGCCUAACACAAAACUUGUUACUGAAAUAACUUGCACGUGGAUGCGUCUUACUGGAGACCGUCCCAGGGCUUAGCACACACUGAGAAAGUGCUCUGCCUUUGAGCCACAGCUACUUUCAGUUUUGACACAGGGUCUCACUAAACUGUAUAUGUAGGCCAGUCUUGGAGCUCAUCAUAAUCCAGGCUGGCUUGGAAUCUGCCUGCAUUUGCUUCCAGAGUAGCUAUGCAGGCCUGGACCACUGUGUCUAUCUUAAGGUAACACCACAAAAAUUAGAAAUCUUUAUCAAACCCAAUGUAAAAUCACUUAAACGAGAGGGUGUAGCUCGGUGAUAGCGUGCUUAGCAUACACAAAGACUUGUGUUCAGUCUCCACUAACUCCCCCCAACCCCAACACAAAACACAACCAUGAAAUUAUUCUAUGGUCCAUGUCCUCAAGACUUAACACCUGUCCCUGAUGCCUGCUAACCUGGUGGAUAGGCUUUGACGGUCUAAAUCCUGCAGGAGUAGAAUGAAUACUUGUGGUCCUGACUGUUGGACACAUGGUAGAUGCCAUUUUUGAUGCUCCUCCAGGUAGAGAAAGUACAACUGCCAUUUGGGUGACACAGUCAACUAUUUUCAAGACCGUACACCUUAUUAAAGGGGACCUGAAAAUGAAACACCGGCUAGCAAGAUUCAUGUCAUUUUCAAGGAGACUUGCACAAAAUGACAUAGCUUACCUGUGUGCCUGUUUGAACUGAGAUGGGUAAAAGCCCAAUGCUAGGAAGGCAGAGGCAGGGGGAUCUCUCAGUUUCAAGGCCAGCCUGAUCAUACCGAGUUCUGGGACAGUCAAAGCUCCAUAAUAGAGACCCUGUCUCAAAGAACCAAGAUACAUAAACAGUGGGGGAUGUUUAGAAAAACGCUAAGUCACUGCAGGUCCAGGCAGCUUUGACUUUGGUGCUUUCCUUCCCAUUUCAUCUGCUGCACAGGUCAGAAAUGUUUAGCCUCCUCUAUUCACUUCUCAAAGUCUUUAAAGAACCAAAUUUCUACUUGUAAUUUGUCUCUAAAAAUGGUGUGUGCUGCAGGGAAUGGUGGCACGUGGGAGGCAGAAGCAGGCAAAUCUCUCAUUUGCCAGCCUGGUCUACAGAGUGAGUUCCAGGACAGCCAAGAUGACAUAGAGAAACAAUGUCUCAAACAAACAAACAAAUUUCUCAGUCUGACUGUAACAUUUGCUUGGGGCCAUGACUACCUCUGGGCUUAUUAAAUUUACAUUUUCUGAUUACCAAUAAAGGACAUUCAUAUAGUGAA